GCAGAUGACAGUCGCUAUGCCGGGAGUGUCUGAGAUAGGUCGCUCGUGAGGCCAAGUUUUUGUGAUAUAAGGCAAAAAUAAGAUUUAAAAUUCCUCCUCAAAAAGUGUCGUUUCCGCGUACCUCUGGCAACAGCUGAAGGGAAAAACAGGGAGAGUGAAAACUAAUGUCAAAGAAGAGCCACUGACAUCACUCACCAUAGCAACGGAGGUGACAUCAUCUGAAAAUAAAGAAAUAAAACAAAGAAAAGAAAUACAUAUCCAAGGAUUUCGAGGGAAAUAAAGAAGACAAAUAGAGAAAAAAUCGCGCCAUUUUGGGAGAGCGAAAAUGCGCGCGUAAAUGAGCUUGUUCGUUCGAGCGCGGUUCGAGACGGCGUUCGGAUCAUGAUGGACGACGCCCCGCGCUACAAGACCUUCUGCUCCUACACCGUGGGCGGGGGGUCGGUCAGCUCCCACCCGCCGCCGCCCCCGCAACCCCCACAGCCACAGCCGAAGAUGGUUUCUCCGCCCGUACACCGCCCACAGGCCCACGCGCCCACACAGCACCCGAUGGCUCCCAAACACCCGCAGGUUCCAUCAGGGUCUGGUUACCCACAGAUGGUCGCGCCGCCCACCUACCCACAGAUGGUGGGGCCCCCUACUCACCCACAGAUGGUCGCUCCCCCUAAGCACCCACAGAUGGCAUCCCCGCGCACUCAGCAGCACCCACACCCUCAGAUGGUCGCCCCGCCCAAACACCCGCAGCCACCCACCCGCCCACAGAUGGUGCUCCCACAGAUGGCUGGGCCUCCCACGCGUCCCCAACCAGCUGGCACACCCCACACACCCUCAGAUGGUUCCCUCGCCCACGCAUGGCCAGGUGGGCGGCCCCCAGCGGCAGCAACACCCACAGACAGGAACGCCCAUUUAUAGUACUUUCCCAGAAGCGAUCGUUCUCCCUCCCCUCCCCCAGACACACCCCCACCCCCCCUCUCACGGCAAACAAGACCAAGGUUGGUAUUGGUCUGUGACUGUCCAACGGCGGCGUGUCUGUGGCUUUGUCCGACGGCGUGUCUGUGACUGUCCAACGGCGUGUCUGUGAACUGUCCGACGGCGUGUCUGUGAUUGUCCGACGGCGUGUCUGUGGCUUUGUCCGACGGCGUGUCUGUGGCUUUGUCUGAGAGCUGGCUUUGUCCGACGGCGUGUCUGUGGCUUUGAGAGCUGGCUUUGUCCGACGGCGUGUCUGUGGCUUUGUCUGUUGGGUGUGCGUGUGUAUGUGAGAUCCAUUGGGUUAUGUUUUUAUGUUUUUCUUCUUUAUUAUUAACAUGAUAAUGCUGGUAUAAUAAAUCCUUCGAGCAUUUUAUUGAGGUCAAGAAUACGAUUGUCAAGAGAGAAUUUCCUUAGGAUAUAUCUGUAGUUUUCAGAUUCGCUAUAAUUUCUCUCUCUCGCUCUGUCCAUCAAGCUGUCUCUAAAUAUAUAUAUUUUGUUCAUUUAUUACUUUAUUGUUCAUUAAUUUUGAUUGUAUGUUUUCGAUUGCGAGCGCACACAAAACAUACGUACAAACAAACUCUCUCGCUCUC